AUGAUUUUGUAUGACUUUCGGUGUCAUUUAAGUCAACAAGAAUGUUAUGACAGACUUCGAUUGGCCUUUCACGCUGAAGACCCUUCUCGGGCCACUGUUUAUAACUGGUUUAGUGAGUUUAAAUGUGGUCGCACCAAUCUCAACGACGCUCUGCGUCAAGGACAGCCUUCUGCGGCGACGACUGAAGUUAACAUCAGUGUUGUGCGAUGUAUGAAAGAGACUGAUCCAAGAGUAACCUAUCAACAGAUUCGGAAAAGCUUAGGCAUCGAUAUGACUCAAGUGCAAAAAAUCCUCCACAAACAUUUAGCCAUUAGGAAGCUUUGUGCCCGGUGGAUACCCCAUUAUUUGACCGAGGCCCAAAAACUCCGUCGUGUUGAUUGGUGCCAUGAAAUGAUACAAAUAUUUAACGGAGGUGACUCAAAAGCUGUGUUCGACAUGCUUACGGGUGACGAAAGCUGGAUUUAUUGCUAUGAUCCGGAAACCAAGAGACAAUCUGCUCAGGGGGUGUUUCCUUCCAAGGAGUUGCCAACUAAAUUGAAGAAAGGUCGAAGUGUAGGAAAAAAGAUGGUGGCCUCAAUCUUCGGAAGGACCGGUCAUUAUGCGACAAUUGUUUUAGAAGAUUAA